UCUAGGACGAUUUUUCCCCCAGCAAGACCUCAUAACAGUCUUUUUCAACUGAGUUGAAUUGCAGAUCUGUGGCUUGGAACAACAAAAAAGCUCAAUAAAAAAUGGUUGUAUAUUGCUGUGCCUUUGGAUGUAAAGAAAAAUUCUUAAAAGGAGGACCUUAUACUUUUCACAAUUUCCCGAGAGAUGAAAAAAGAAAAAGGCUCUGGGAAAAACAAUUAAGGAGAAAAAAUUUUAAAGUCAGUCAAAAUACAAAAAUUUGUUCAAAGCAUUUCACCGCAGAUUGUUUUGAUGCUGAAAAAUUUGGCGGAACUUGGUUAAAGAAGGAUGCCGUCCCGACGAUUUUUGACUUUUCUGUGCCGGAUCAUUUGUCCAAAAAACUUGACCCCCCAGAGCCUGAAUCUGUGUCCAACCCCAACUCUGAGAUCAUGCCUGUAACAGAAGAACAGAAAGAUGAAAAUGUGACGAUUGAAAAAGAACGUGCUGAUGACGUUCCCAUCCUAAACAAGCGGCGCCUUGGAGAUUUCACCUUAGAGGAUAUGUUCUAUCCAUACAAAGCCAAACGGAUGUUCAAGUUUGCAGCUGCAAAACAACAAGUGGCUUAUGCAAACAUGCUGAAUUUGAUGGGGAAAAAUAAGAGAAUGAGAAAACGUGUUGACGCAUUGCAAAGGAUUAACAGAAAAAUAAAAAGUCGUGCUAGAAAAGCAGCAGAAGGAAGAUUUUAUAGUCUCAAUACCUGAUAAUAAAACACCAUCCACAUUGCUGCAAGUGCCAAAGAAGAGGAAAAUAGAAAAACUUUUGAUAGCGCUGCCAGAACCCAAAAAGAUUGAGGAAUUGAAUUCCGCAGCUAUUAUAACUCCAGAUUUACCAGGAUUCUCUAAACCAAGUUCAUCUAGUUAUUUCAAAUCGGGUUCUUCCGUGUCUGAAGUGCUAUCUCGAACAAUCAAACAGGAAUCACAUGAUCUUCCGGACAUUCUGACAAUCCCUGCAGAUAAAAAUCAGAAGAAUUUUUUACCAAAAUCUUCGGCAUCGAGUAAAGAAAAAUCUCCUUUUCAUCAUAUGGUUCUGCAACCAAUUAUUAAGCAGGAACCCAUGGAUUCACCUGACUUUCAAUCGAAGACUUCUGUAACUAAUAAUCUUUCACCCGAACUGCUUCCAAGUAAUAAAAAUUCUCUGUGUUCAUCCGUUGUUUUAAUUAAAGAAGAACCUAGAACAGAAGUAGACUUGUGAUAUUGUUGCUUCGUGUUCUUUGAAUUGAACCUGUUAGACUAUUAAACAGGUACCUAUGGAUUCUACGAAGACUUCCAGAACUAAUAAUCUUUCACCCGAACUUCCAAUAAGAAGCUGUAACCUAUGUCUAGAAGGUUUGUGAUAUUGAUCAAUAUUCAUUGAAUUCCAUUUGCGAGGGAGCGUGCUUUUAUAUGUGAUUUUAUUGUAAAUAUAUGUUUGUUUUGAAUUAAAACACUUUUUUUACUAUUAA